AUGCGUUUCUUCACCGCCGCCACCUUCGUCCUCACUGCCGCUGCCGCACCAGUCGACCAGAGCGAGACUUCAGCAUCCGGCCAGAUCGAGAAGCGUCUAGACCCCAUCACAAUCUCCAUCAUCACCGGUGUCACCUCUGCCGCCGCUGGUUGGGCAACCACUGAAGGCUUGAACACCCUCAAAGGCCUGAUCAGGGAUACCUCGUCCUGGGACAAGGUCCGCGAGCAGUUCACCCAGGACGCUGUGGCCCGGAUGGCCGCCAACUACAAGGCCGACCCGUCCUUCAAGGGCGCCGUCUGCUACAACAUGGGCUACAUGGUCAACGAUCCCGCCCUAAGGAGUAACAUCCCCGCCUAG